CACACAUCAGACAGAAAGACACAUCAGAACCAGCGAUCAUACCAACAGAGACCAGAGACACAAAGAUGAAGACGAUUCAGCUUCUCAUCCUCCUCUUGACCAUUUUGGUGCACACUGCAGCAGCUUUCCCCACGGACAGAAGAGCACUGCUGGGCAGGGAGAAGCAUGCCUCCUGGGAUGACGUCAACGUGGUGGCUCAUGGCCUCCUGCAGCUGGGCCAGGGUCUGAAGGAACACGUGGACAAGACCAAGAUCCAGAUGAGAGACGUCAACGCCAAGCUGAAAACCUUCAACAGCGCAGUGGCUGAAGUGGAGAAGAAGCAGCAGGAGCAAGAUGAAGCUCUGAAGGCCCGAGGUGAAGAGAUGGAAGAGAGGAAGAGGCUGGCAGAACAGCUGGCUGAGGAGGUGAUGGUGAAAGUAGAGGAGGUGAAGAAGGAGAGCGAGGACAUCCACUCCAGGAUGGACAGAAUGGAGGAGACAGUGAACAAAGUGCUUACAGAGCCAGCACUGGAGAGCAACAACAGCGAUGACACAGGAGUCCCGUUUAUCCAGAGGCUCAUGGCAGCUCAGAACAGACGCAUCGACCAGCUUGUGGAGAAAAUCCAGCAGCAACAAGACAAACUGGAUAAGCAGAGUAUUCACCUGCAAGCACUGCAAAACAAGUUUGCAGAGAAGAGAAUAAAAUCACACAGACGGAGAGACGAAGAGCGGGCACUGAGAAGACAAGCAGAGCUGAACAAAACCCAAUCAGGUUUGGCCACUGACCAAACGUCUCACUGAAGAACAUGCUGCUGAAGACUGCUCCUGUCAGCAUAAAACAAUAAACUGAUCCGUCAGCCUCUAAAGAAAUGAACAGCAAAAGGACCAAAGUCGGUGAAAAUGAGAGAAGUUAAAUGUUGAACUAGAGAACUGAGAGCAUCGAGCUACUGAAGUGAAACAGACAUGAUCUGUUUGGAUCAUCAUAUUUUUAUGCUAUGUGUUAUAAUAACUUCAGUCAUAUUGACAGUCACAUGAUUCCCUUUAUAAGGGUUUUUACUUGUUAAUUAGUUUGUAAAACUUGCUGUGUUUAUUUGAACUAUGUCUACUUUAAUAAUGUACAGUUUGUUAUUUUGAACAUUUACACUUAAAUAUUUUAUAUUUCAUUUAUAUGAAGUGGAUGAAAAUAAAGUUUUUUAAAAGAUUAACAA